AUGGAGAUAAAUGACAGCGAGGGUCACCCAAGCAGCAGCCACCAAACCUUGAAAGGAACCUCAAAAUGGGCUACAUCACUGGAGAACCUCCUUGAAGAUCCAGAAGGAGUGAAACGAUUUAGGGAAUUUUUAAAGAAGGAAUUUAGUGAGGAAAACGUUUUGUUCUGGCUAGCGUGUGAAGAAUUUAAGAAAACACAGGGGAAAAAACAGAUGCAAGAAAAAGCUAAAGAAAUUUACAUGACCUUCCUGUCCAGCAAAGCUUCCUCCCAAGUCAAUGUUGAAGGACAGUCCCGUUUGAGCGAGACCAUUUUGGAGACACCUCACCCUCUCAUGUUUCAGAAGCUCCAGGAUCAGAUAUUCAAUCUCAUGAAAUAUGACAGCUACAGCCGCUUCUUGAAGUCAGACAUAUUCCUAAACCAUAAGAAGUCUGAGGAGCAAGAGGAGAAUUCACCAGAGGCUCAGACUGCAGCUAAAAGAGCAUCAAGAAUUUACAACACAUGA